CGGAAGUGACACGCGUUUAUGCGCUUAUGAACGGUUAAGAAAAAAUUCUACAAAUAAGCUGCUAAUUGGCACAUCCGACGGGAUGUGGAAGCGAGUUGAAAUAAAUUAAAUUUUGAGCAUAAAGUGUUGCGAAUAGUGAAUAGGUUAAAAAAACGUUUUUGGAAAAGAAAUUCCUUAACAGUGAUAAAGUGAAAAAAUUAAUAUUGGAAAAUAAAAAACCGCAGCAGAAGUGAAAACCAAAAAUAAGUUUGGUUGAAAAUGGGGCUGAUGUACAUAUGGACAAACAUUUAAGUGAAUAUUAAAGGAGUGUAACAAAGCGAUAACGAAAUUAAACGAUCCCUAUAUGGGCGGAAGAACAUUGGCAUAAAUAAACGGGGCGGAAACAAAAUCAACAUCGAUAACUCCGAUAAGCUAAAAAAAAGACAUCAGGCAGCAAAAGCCGAAUGCUAGCCGAAAACACUUGUCCUGUUGUCGAGUGCACGUGUACGACACGCGGCCACUAGUAGCCCCGAAUCACACAGCUUACACUGUUUCGAACGCGAGCAACAACAAGUCAACUAUAAUAAAAAUCGGAGGCGACGCGUGCGCACACUUAAGCCAUUGUUGAAUGUAGAGCAGCUCCACGUAUAAUGCGCAAACAAUUAAAUGCCAAUUAUUGAAUUAAGUAACAGUGUUUACAAUCAAUUAGACGAGUCAACAAGUGCAGCGUGUCUCAACGCCAACGCCAACGCCAACAUCAACAACAACAAUUACGUAUACAACAACGGUAGUGGAGAACGCAACGCACCUUUGACCAAUAUAACCGUUAAAAUGUUCUCACUCGAUAAUUUCGAUUUGGAAGCGACAAUGGCGCGACAUUUUUUCGAAGGCUCACAAGCGACGAAUGGUUCGAGUUCAAGUUCGGAAUUCUUCUUCGGCGAUGAUGACAACACUUCGGAGAGUGAUGAAGAUGAUGCCUAUAGCAGUGGAUUUAAUAGUGAUCAGGAAAAUAAUGAAAAAAGCCGUUCGCAUAAACCGCGUCGCUUGAAGUGCGCUUCACAAAUGGCUCAGCAGCGUCAGGCUGCCAAUUUGCGUGAACGCCGUCGGAUGCAGAGUAUCAAUGAGGCUUUUGAGGGACUCCGUUCACACAUACCAACCUUGCCCUAUGAGAAGCGUUUAAGUAAAGUCGAUACAUUGAAGUUGGCCAUCAGUUAUAUAACUUUCCUGAGCGAGAUGGUGAAGAAGGAUAAGAAUGGCAAUGAACCAGGUCUGAGUUUGCAGCGUAAUUAUCAAAAGGAGCCACCUAAGAAGAUUAUUCUCAAAGAUAGAAGUGGCGGCAUAUCACAUUCACUCUCUUGGUACCGCAAAGGUGAUCGCUACCCGGGCAGUAAACUCUAUGCACGCACUUGGACACCAGAAGAUCCACGUACACCCACACAUAAUCAGCAUCACCAUGCGCACAAUGGCGUAUCGGUCCAAUCAAUGGGACAGAUACCAUUGCAACAACAACAACAACAACAACAACAGCAACAUAUAACAACAACUCAACAGUUUCAUAAUCAUAAUCCGCAUAGCGAUCAGAGUGAUGAGUCCACAAGUGGUUAUAGUAAUAUGGGUGAAGGCGGCAGCAGCACUGGCGGCGGUAGCAACACUGCGGAGGGGUACUGUAACGGCAGAGUAUCAGCGACAGGCAGUGGUGGCGGCGGCGGCAGUGGGGUCCAUCAAAAUGGCAUCUAAAGAGAGGAGGAGGAUGAGGAUGGAAAUUUAGAGAGUGCAAUUAUCAAAAAUUUUAAAUGAGUUUGUGUGGAAUAUAAGGAAUGUACUGAAAACGAUGCUAGUCAAGCGUGUAGUGGUCUAUAAUAUAUACAUAUUAACUACUAUAUUAAAGCACAACUUACCAAAAAUUUAACUCUAUAAUGACAAAGCACCAAGUCGGAAUUAUAGACUAAAACCAAAAAAGUUUACAAGUCAUCGUUAUAAGAAAAUGGAACAUAUUUAUUAAAAAAAAAAAAAAUUAUUCUGUGGUAUAUUAAAUUUAAGUGAAAAUAUAUUUUUAAUUAGUAAUAAGCCGAAACUUGGUCUCUCUUUGAACACAACUAAACAAUUAAACUAAACGGUAUG